AAAGCAAAAAAGAUGAAUCUGCCUGUUUAACUACAUUUGCAAAUUUUAUUUCUUUAAAAUAUCCUACUGAUAAAGCUUCUAAAAUAUAUGCUAAACUAUUAAAAUUUCAUAAUAAACAGGUACCAUAUAAUAAUCAAAUUGUCUGGAAUUCAGCAAGUUAUGUUAAGCCAACAACAUAG